AUGCGGUCGCAAUUCUGGCUGUUGAGCGCAGCCGGGAGUUUGGCGGCGGCAGCAGACUGGCCAUUUGGACAAGAUCUUGACUACCGGGGAGGACAUAUCGCCCAUGCGAUACCAAGGGCAACACAGGCGUUAGACCGGGACGACACAAAUGGCUGGGCGCCAGAACCCACAGAAGGCCCGUCGGCCGAGCUUGUGCGGAGGAGACAGAAUAUGCUCAAAAUGAGGAGGCAAACUAGCAGCAACACAUGGGUAGAUGAGCACACGUGUGGAUGGCUGGCGGAACAGGAUUCCGUGGCAUUCACUUGCGCAUCAAACUACCGCUGUGCGACCGACACUAACGAGGUCGUUGGUUGCACAUCAGAUGGAGCGGCCAACCCGUUCUUCACAGUCUGUCUCGACUACCAGGCAGUUAAGGCCGGGGCAUGUGAGAGCGUAGGGUCUCAGACAGGGUGCUGCAUGUCAUCAACCGCCGCGGAGUGCAUCACAUAUCUCUGGCCCGGCUCCACCAUCAAGUCGAUGUACCGAUGCUACAGCGAGCGAGCCGUCAUCACGAUGCUCGAAACUCCCUCCGGUCUAAGCGAGACGACCACAACCACCACGAGCAGCACCCGUUCGAAACCCACCACCGCCACCACCGAAUCUUCCUCCAGCUCUGCCGCGCCAGGCCAAACCGAAUCCGUCGGACCCCCAAUCCCUACCAACUCCGGCAACAGCAACAACACGGGCGCCAUCGUCGGCGGUGUGGUCGGCGGCGUAGCCGUCCUCGCCCUAAUCGCAGGCGGCAUCGCCUUCUUCGUCAUCCGCUCCCGCAAGAAGGCCAAGGAAUCCGGCACUGGCACGGCCUACAGCGCCGUCGCCCCCAACGACAACCAAUACCCGCCCGGCGGCCCCGCUAGUCCUAUGCCCCCCUCCACCUAUGCCGCCUCCUCCAUGUCCCCGCCCAUGUCCCACGCCGGCGGCUACAACCCCAGCACCUACGGCGGCGGCACCACCCUGCACCCCGACAGCCACUACGCGCCGAGCGUAGCACCGGGACCUCCGACCGGCGCGUACGACGUGCGGAACUCGUAUUAUGAUCCGGCCAAGGCUGCGGCCGACCAGCACGGUGGCCACGGCGUUCCGGUAGCGUAUGCGCCGUAUGGUGGUGCGGGGGGUCAGCAGCAGCCGUACCCGGGCCAUCAGGCGUACAAGCCGCCACCGCAUCAACCGCCGAUUCAGGAACUGGAUAACAGUAAUGUGCCGGCUGGGCAGCAUGAGAAUCCGGUAGAGAUGGCGGCUAACUCGCCCACGCAGCGGUGA